CAUUCUGUAACAAUAUCGGAACCAUUUCAAUUUGGUACAGUCGCUACUGAAAAGAAAGUCUUGAACAUUGACAGACGUUCACCGAACGUCCAACAUCAACCUAUAUGUUUGGACAAUGUCCAAAUAUGUCCGUGUCCAAGUAAUGUGCUCGGAAAGUGGAUUAAACAUCGAAAUCUUGAAGUAAUGGAAGUAGAUUCAGAAACACACGCUAGGCGUGAAAGACGGCAAGAAUUGAGAAUUGCUAACUUAGCGGCAUGGAGACAAGGAAAACCCGAUUCUUCGGCGUUUAAAAACUUAGAUUCCAAUAUAAAAAAGAAUACUGGCUUCAUCAAAAAAUGCAAAGCUCAAUUGUCAGCCGAAUAUCAACAACAAUUAUUGAAAGAUGUUAAGACCUUGACUUUAGAAAAAUAUAUAUCCGAAGUUGUUGUCGCUGUAGUCGAGGGUGUACAAAAAUGCAAGGCUUCAGCCGAUGUCUGGGCUGCUGUCGAAGUGAUUUCAGCAUUGCAUCAACGUUUUCCGGACACAUUUACUCCAUUUUUAACACAUACGUUGGCUCGAUCCCUUGCACCUCCUAACAAGCAACUUGUAGUCCUCAAUACCGAUCAACGUGAAAGAGAGGAAAGUUCUCGAAUUUUAAAACAACGUGUUUUGCUCAGAAUUGCAGGUGAAUUAUGGUUAAUAGGUGUUCUUAGAAAUGUUGAAGAUGGUGUUGCUGCAUUGAAUAGUGGAGGUGCUGCAGUAGGAGAGGGUGGCGUAAAUGGUGUCAAAGAUAAUGUUGCUGGGUUCGUCAGUAGCCCGAUCAAAGAAAUGAAAGAAUUCAAAGAAACAAGAACCUCCGGUGAAGGGUUCAUGUAUACUGUGUUGAAAGAUUUGUUAUCUCAUGACAACAAACAUGUAAACCUUCCGCUUGCUGUGUCUUUUAUCAAAUAUUUUGGCACGGAAAUGAUCGGUACACGCAGAAAUCUCCGUGAAGUCGGUACUGCUGCCCCUAUCAAUGACGAGAACAAUACUGCCAGUGAUGAUCGCGACAUUGGCCUUGAUAACGAAAAUGAGUUCACAGACUCGGAUAGCGAACCAAUUGUUAGCGUUUCUCAGCGAGCUCUUUUUAAAAAUUUGUUGAUCGAAUAUUUUAAAGGUGUGGAAACUCGAUUGAUUAAGGAACAUCAGAAAAUUAAGGCGUUGGAUCGUAAUAAUCACGAAUCCUAUAUCACUCGUGGUGAAAUUCCUGAAGAGACGAAACAGAAUUACGAAAAAGCAGUGAAAGCUUUUGAAAAAUUUUUGCAAAACGCCCAAAUUUUGUCUGAUUCUUUAGAGAUCGAAAUGCCUGACUUACCAGAGGAUGAGGGAACAACAAAAAUUGGGGGUACCAUCAUUCGUGAUGGUACAUUAUUCAAUGAAAAAGAGGAAAAUCUAACAAAUAGCAUCUGGGAAGAUGAAGAUGCACGAAGUUUCUAUGAAUCUCUCAUUGAUCUGAAAACGCUUGUGCCUGGUGUACUUCUUGAAGCCAAAACUGCUACCCAAGAUACUAUUGUUGAGACGACAGAUAAGAUUGGACUUUGCAACGAAGACCAAGAAGAUAAAGCAGAAUUAGAUGGAGAAAAAAUAAAUAUUCAAGCUGACAUUGACUCACCAACUAUCAAAAAGGAUAAUGAGACAAGCAAUAAAAGCGGUACUUCAGCUCAGCUCGACUCUCUUUUGUCUCGUCUCCCAAAUAUGGUUAAUCGCGACCUCAUUGAUCGAGCUGCCGUGGACUUUUGCUAUUUAAACUCCAAAGCAUCUAGAAAAAAGUUAAUAAAAACAUUGGUAGGAGUCCCUCGCGCAAGGCUUGACCUUUUACCUUAUUAUUCUCGCUUGGUUGCCACACUAAAUCCUCAUUACCCAGACAUUACCACGGCAGUUUUGCAAGCUUUGGAUAUAAUGAUGCGAAAGAAGAGUGUUCAGCAUUUAGAUAAUCGUCAGCUUCUGAUGAUAGAAAAUGCAUACUAUCAGUGCAAUCCACCUGAUAAAGCAGCAACUGUCAAGAAAGAACGAUCUGUUAUGGAACAGUAUAUUCGGAAAUUAAUUUAUUCUGAUCUCAAUAAAAAGACUGUAGAGAAAGUAUUAAAGUUGUUACGCAAAUUGAACUGGGAUGAUAAAGAGGUGUAUAAAGUUCUCGAAAAAUGUUUCUCCAAAAUUUGGAAAAUAAAAUACAGUAAUAUACAUUUAAUGGCAAUUUUAGCCUCUGGGUUGCACCGCUAUCAUUCUGAUUUUGGCGUCGCAUUAGUUGAUAGAGUUAUUGAAGAUAUUAGAAUCGAACUUGAGCAAAACAUUUUCAAACACAAUCAGCGCCGUAUUGCAACUGUGAAAUAUAUUGGUGAACUUUAUAAUUAUCGAAUGGUUGAUUCGCCUGUCAUAUUUGAUACAUUAUACACCAUUGUUACCUUGGGACACG